GUGGGCAUGUGGGUUUGGGACCAGUUGCACCGCUGAUGGUACGAGGAUGGGAGGGAGCUGGGGCUGACAGGCGAUUUUCGGGCUGUGUGCUCGUCAGAGACAGAAGGAGUGAACAGAAGCCCCAGGGGUCCCUCGUAAGCUCUCUCAUCCCCUUCACCAAGCUAACGGAAUCUCCUAGAACGAUCCGUCUUGGGCUCGCUCCCUGGCGCCCAGCUUGCAGGGUCAGUACUGACACGCUGGCCGUCCGCCCAGGUUGCUCAUAGACUGGUGAAGCCCAAAGCUAAGAUAGCCGGGGUCCCUCCAAGCCAGACCGGCGCGGAAGGAAGAUGUGCUCCCAGGAGGGUGAGGGCUACCGUCUCCUGACGGAAUACGCCAACGGCUUCAUGGUCUCCCAGGUUCUCUUUGCUGCCUGUGAGCUGGGGGUGUUUGAGCUCCUGGCAGAGGCCCCGGAGCCCCUGGACUCAGCGGCAGUGUCUUCACGUCUGGGCUCCAGCCCCCGGGGGACAGAGCUGCUGCUGGACACCUGUGUGUCCCUGAAGCUGCUGCAAGCCGAUGUGCGGGGAGGAAAAGCUGUGUAUGCAAACACGGAGCUCGCCAGCACCUACGUGGUGAGAGGCAGCCCCAGGUCCCAGCGGGACAUGCUUCUGUACGCGGGCAGGACCGCUUACGUGUGCUGGCGCUACCUGGCGGAGGCAGUCAGGGAAGGGAGGAACCAGUAUCCGAAAGCCUUCAGGAUCCCGUCCGAGGAGCUCUUCUCUGCCAUCUACAGGUCCGAGGACGAAAGGCUGCAGUUCAUGCAGGGUCUGCAGGACGUGUGGAGGCUGGAGGGGGCGACGGUGCUCGCGGCCUUCGACCUGUCCCCCUUCCCGCUCAUCUGCGACCUGGGGGGAGGUUCUGGGGCUCUGGCCAAGGCGUGCGUGUCCCUGUACCCGGGAUGUCGGGUCAUCGUGUACGACAUCCCAGGAGUGGUGCAGAUGGCCAAGAGACAUUUCUCAGCCUUGGAGGAUGAGCGCAUCAGCUUCCAUGAAGGGGAUUUCUUCAAAGAUGCCCUCCCGGAGGCGGACCUGUAUAUCCUGGCCAGGGUCCUGCAUGACUGGACCGAUGCCAAGUGCUCCCACCUGCUGCAGAGAGUCUAUCAGGCCUGCAGGACAGGUGGCGGCAUCCUGGUCAUCGAGAGCCUCCUGGACGCGGACGGGCGGGGCCCCCUGACCACGCUGCUGUACUCGCUGAACAUGCUGGUGCAGACGGAGGGCCGUGAGCGGACCCCCGGCCAGUACUGUGCGCUCCUGGCCCCCGCCGGCUUCCGAGACGUGCGGUGCCAGAGGACGGGGGGAACCUAUGAUGCUGUCUUGGCCAGGAAGUGAGCCCUGCAGCGUGUGACCUCCCGUCAUGACUCAACGCCUGCAGUGAAGAGACGGUGUUGGUCACGUUUCGUUCUUGUCUUUUCUUCUUCUUUUUUCCCAUUCUUGUCUGUCUAUUUUGCACGUUUCUUGUUUUUCUGCCCUGUUGAGGGAUAUGAGGUUUAUGCCCACGGAUGGUCACUUUGAGUUUUAUCUUACUUUCUUUAAUUAUCCUUAUUUUCACUUGAUUCCAGUCCAUUCUAUUUUGCUUCCUUCCUGUGAUGGAGUUAAAGGUCUGAGAUGAGGUUUCUCCUGGAUGGGGAUGUCCCUAAACCCAAGGAUAGGGUCCUUAUAAGACACAGAAGAGGGGAGACACGGACACGGAGGAGAAGCCACGUGGAGACGGAGGCGGAGACGGGAGGGAGGCGGCCACCAGCCCACAGAUGGAUGCCUAGAGCCCCCGGAAGCCGGAAGAGGCGGGAAGGACCCUCCCAUGGAGACUCUGCAGGGAGCUCAGCCCUGGGACCCCUUGACCUCAGAUGUCUGGUCUCCAGGACUCGGGAAGGGUGGAUGUCUGUGGUUUUAAGUCAUGAUCCCAUUUGUUUGUUUUGAUCGACCCAGGACACUCAUGCUCAAGGAAACGGAUAGAUCGUGGACACAUCCCAGAUUGUUCAAGUUUGAAAAAGCAGAAAAGAAUUGCUGGUCUAUUUUGCACCAUAGAGUCCAAGAGGUCUGUCGUGUGGACUUUUAAUAUCUACUCCUUUACCAGCUUUCUGAUAUGCAAUAAAUACAGCAUCAUGAACUACCAUCAA